UUCAAAAUAUGUUUCAAAAUCUGUAGAAUUUGCCAUAAAUUUCGUUUCGUGUUCGUGUAAAAUUCGUGCCAAAAUUGUUGCCGGGCAUGGUCUCUGCUCCUUUACUCCGCCUCCUGCUCGGCACGCCGCCUGAAGCGCGCACCAAUGGGAAAAGGAAAACUGGUGAGCACGGGCCCACUCGUCAGUGACCCCACCUCUCCGGAGACCCCCCGAGCCCAAGGCCGAUAAGAGUAACGAACCCGACCCGAGUUGGCUACCACCGCCGUCACCGUCUCCUGCGACGGAAAGCGAGCUCCCACCCGCCGACGCCUCGAUCCCAUCCCUCGCUUUCCCGGCUCCCCAAGCCCCAUCGCGCGGCAUCAGCAGCAGCCGCCGCCAGAGGAGCAGGAGGAGCCGGAGCGGGCGGGCGAGAUGAAGGAGGUGGUGCUCCACGUGUACGACGUGACGAACAGCGACUCGGAGAAGACGAACAACACCAUCCUCCAGAUCAACCGCAUCUUCAAGGACCGCAUCGGCCUCGGCGGCAUCUUCCACAGCGCCGUCCAGGUAGGGUUCCCCUCCUCCUACCGCCCGCCCAGGUCCCAGCGACUGUCCGCUUCCCAGAUCCCUAAAUCUCUCGUCGGCUUCUCGAACCAGGUCUACGGCGAGGAGGAGUGGUCGUUCGGGUUCUGCGAGAGCGGCAGCGGCGUGUUCAGCUGCCCCGUGGGGAAGAACCCCAUGUACACCUACCGCGAGCGCAUCGUCCUAGGGGAGACGGAGUGCGGCAUCGCCGCUGUGAACCGGAUCCUGCGCGAGCUCAGCCGCGAGUGGCCGGGCCACUCGUACGACCUCCUCUCCAGGAACUGCAACCACUUCUGCGACGUGCUCUGCGAGAGACUCGGCGUCCCCAAACUCCCAGGUUGGGUUAAUCGUUUUGCCAAUGCUGGUGAUACUGCUGUGGUUGUUGCUGAGAACACAGCAGUUAAAUUUAGGCACGCUAAAACAGAAAUCGUCAAUGCCAGUAGAGUAGCAUACAGAUUUAUGGCAGGGCUGGCUUCAAAAAAUCAAGCCUCGCCCGAGUCCGCGGGUAAUAACCAAAACAGAGGCAGCCCUACUUUCCAGGGAGCUUGGUUCAAGAACGUCAUCUCGGCUGGCGCAAAGCCAUCAUCAAGUGGAUCUACUCCGUCACAGGAUACUGAUGACGGAUCCCCUUUGGAGCGGCAAAAAUCAACAGAACAAUCAAGACGGUUGUAGCUGCUGUUAAAGAGGCAUAUGAACUGUUGAAUUGAAUCUGUAGUGUAACAUUAGCUGAUAUUUGUUCAAAACCUGUUGUUAAAUUGAAUCCGUAGUGUAACAUUAGCUAAUAUUUGUUAAAUUGAAUGUGGUGUAACAGUUGCCGAUAUUUGUUCAAAAACUGUUAUUCGCACGUGAA